CGCAACGUUAGAUGCCCCUGCUAUUCAAAAUGCCAAAGAGAUCAACAAGUUUGUUUACACCUCGGCGCACGGUCCUAUCUGGAUCACACGUCAAUACCAGUUCCAUCCGUCAGAAGUUCGAGGAUACUGAGAUAGCUUUGUUGAGGAAGAAGCUUGCUGUCGUCGUGAGUGCGUUUAAUACCGAGAUACGGAAGCAUGAAAACGAAUUGAAAAUGAUGGCACGAGCAUAUAGCAGCGAAGUCGCAGAGAGAGAUUACAGCUUUUCCUCUGCACAACUGCAACUUGCAGAUGCCAAAAGGCACAACAAAGUUCUUCAGUUUCAAAGAAAUGCUUUGAGAGAUGACUUGCAAAGGGCACGCGGAGAGUCUACGAUUCUAGCUGCACAGCUGAAGGAAGAGCAAGACUCCUGUGACAUGUUGAAGCUUGAACUCGCGACCUUGCAGAGAGCACUCAUCAAUUCGGCACGGGCAUUGAGUCAGGCAGACGCAAAACUCAUUCAAUUAAUGGUCACCACAAAGUCCUCUAGACAUGUAGCCGAUGCAGCAGUGGUAGAGCAAGACGUUAUUAUCUCAAAAAGACUUGCCAAAGCAGAGGCAGGACUCGCAGCUGCAACGAGAAGAGAAGCUUCCCUGGAGCAACUGUUAACAAGUGAGCGCGUCGCAAGGCGAAAACUUGAGGCACACCCGGCAUUCGAAAUUGUGUCUAAGAUCGAUUCAAGUCGCACUUUUGGACAUCUUUCGGAAGAAAGAAGGUCUAGCCUUCAGCAGAAUGAAGAAAUCAUGAAUCGAAAUAACCAACGUAGCGGAGAUCUUGGUGGAAUAAUCAUGAAGGAUAACGUGCACGAAAACUUGCAACCUGAUCUGCAUCAGAGUCGUCGUAUCCAGGAUUUGGAGACCGGAACAGGCAAAACCACUUUUGAUUCAGAUCCGCAGGUGACAGCGAACAGAACUGUUCAAGGGCGCGAAGUCUCAAUCGCGCGAGGCAUAAACUUCAUUAAAAUGGAAACACGUGACACGCGCGACUGCAUGAAGAAUCUUCAUGUCGAUUUAAGGCCUUCAGGUCCAGCUGAAAUCACAGAAAUCAACAGCCAGCUGCCUCCUGCGCGAAAUACCAAAGCAGGUGGUGUGAAUUCCGAUCGAGCUCGAACAAACGAGGUAUCAAAACCUCCCAAAAAAAUUGAACGGGGGACGUCGGGAUUGUAUGAGGAGGCAGAGUUAACGACAGUCACUGUCCUCAACGUCAUUGAUGACCUGAGUUCCAGAGGUUAUGUGUCGCCUGUAAAUAACUCUUUUGCGAGAAAUAUCGGCGUCGAGCCUCAACAAGGUAGCUGCGAUGGUGCGCCGGAUAAUCACAGGAAUGUUGCCCUCUCCCUUGGAACUCAGCUCGAUUCUGCAAACGUAAAAGUCAAAGUUCCACCUGUUUCUGACGUCACUGACUAUCGUACUACUGCUUUUCUAGAUUUACCGCUUCACAACGUCCAAGAGAUGCAGACGGGGGAAAUGACAAGGCACAGAAGUGGACAAGGAAAAAAAAAACGAAAGCUUCUGGGGCAGCGUGCUUUGGCAAGCUCAGAAACUCUGCCACAAUCGAUGGUGCGUGGUGUCGAACUUGGCUUCGAAGGUUAAUGUAAUGAGCAACAAUAGUAACCAGCG